AUGGAACGCAGGGGCGGAGCUACGCGGGACCAGGCUGAUCAUGAUGAGGAGGAACAGGAGGAUGGACAGCUCAGGCCAGCCACACUUCCUUUGGUAAAGAGAGUGAUACUCUUUGUCUCCUUCUGGGAUGAAGAUCCACCCCCAGUAGCAGCAGGCCUAGUGCUCAAGGAUUCCUCUGAAGAAUCCUGGAUAAGGGAGGAGUCACCUAGCUGUGUCAAAUUGGAUGCAGGGCUACAUCCGAUCAUUAGUGAGGAUAUUGAUGAUGAAGGUGUUGGCAGUGGAGAUUGCAGGUGCUGGGAUCUAAUUGAGAGAAGGGAGAUAGCUGAUGCUGGACUGCAUUUCCAUGGUAGCAUCCUCAACUUCUAUGUCAGCAUGUUGACUUGUGAUGCUCAUUCUCCCAUAUUUGCAGAGGGUUCAGAAAUGGUAGAAGUAGUCUUCUAUACUGAUAACAUAACGAUCUUGAAUAACACGGAUUGUGGAGCAAGUGAAGCUUUAUUACUUGAGACUCAGAGUCUGUCUAAUGGAAAUUUAAGUCAAGAGUUUGGGAAUUGGAGUCAGACUGGUUCCAAACCAACACAACCAUCUAAUUUUUUAAUUUAUAUAAUUUUGGGAGCUUAUGUUGCAUGUGGCUUGCUCGCUCUGCUGCUGAUCAUUGUGUUUCUGGAUCCAAUUGAUCACCAAAGGGAAGACACAAAUUUGGAACACAAGGAAAAUUUCUGGGCACCAUUUCUGGCAUCAUUAAAACAUCUUCGAGAUAAACGCCAAUGCCUCCUAAUUCCCUUGACAGUAUAUAGUGGAAUUGUGCAAGGGUUCAUUCUAAGUGACUACACAAAGUCAUAUGUGACCUGUUCAUUGGGAUUGCAGUACGUGGGUUAUGUGAUCAUUGUAUAUGGAGCAACUACCGCAAUAUUCUCCUAUAUUUUUGGAAAGCUUUCUCAAUAUAUCAGACGGAUUUCCUUCUUUAUUUUAGCUACAGUUAUAAAUAUCAGCAGUAUUUCAGCACUAUUUUUAUGGAAACCUCAUCCUUCUCAGCUAGGAGUGUUUUUUAUAUUUUCUGGAUUCUGGGGUAUUGGAGAUGCUGUUUGGCAAACACUAUUGAAUGGUUUUUAUGGAAUACUCUUUGAGGAUAACAGAGAAGCUGCUUUUGCCAACUACCAGCUAUGGAAAUCACUGGGAUAUGUUUUAUCUUUUGGAUAUAGCUCUUUUUUAGGUGUUUAUGUUAAACUGUGCAUACUGCUAGCCACUUUAUUACUUGGAAUUUUGCUUUAUAUGAUUGUCGAAUACAUUGAAUUGAGGAAAACACAAAUACAAAUAAUCCGUUUGAAAUAA